AUGUGCCAUUAAUAAUAAUAAUUUUAAGCACGUGAAAACUAGAAAUGAAUCAUCAAAAAUUUUCAAAGUUGGUUUGAAGUAGGAACUAAAAAAAAUUGAAUCGAUUUUGCCUUUUCGCUCAACUUAAAUUUCAAUCGGAAAAUUUUGUUUUCUUAUAGUAGUACACAAUGCCGACUAUCAAUAUCGACAAGCAGGACCUUUUCGAGUAUCUGGACAACCAGUACGACACGGCCCAGUUCCGCGAGCUCUGCUUCGAGUUUGGAAUUGAGCUGGAGGAGGAUACCUCGGAAAAGUUUGUUCUGGCGCCCGGCGAGCGUGCCCAGUUGAAAAUCGAUAUCCCGGCUAAUCGCUACGACCUCCUGUGUUUUGAAGGCCUUACCCGCGCUCUCGGUAUUUUCCUUGGCCGCGAGCCUUCGCCCACCUACCGUGUGGCUCACACCGAGAACCCGCACCGCAUCACGGUGUCGGCAGACUGCGCGCAAAUCCGUCCCUUCGUUGUGGGCGCCGUUCUCCGGGGCGUCAAGCUGAACAAGGAGCGGUACCAAUCGCUCAUUGACCUGCAGGACAAGCUGCACAACAACCUCUGCCGCCGCCGCACGCUGGUGUCUAUUGGAACCCACGAUCUUGAUACCGUCGAGGGACCAUUCACUUACGAGGCGCGCAGACCUGAGGAUAUCCGCUUCGUGCCGUUGAACCAGAAGGAGGAGAUGGAUGGACACCGGGUGAUCGAGUUUUACGAGACGGACAUGCAUAUCAAGAAGUUCUUGCACAUUAUCCGCGAUUCGCCCGUGUACCCUGUUGUGUACGACGCCAGAGGCCGGGUGAUGUCGCUGCCGCCGCUGAUCAACAGCGAGCACAGCAAGAUCACGCUGGACACUAAGAACAUCUUUAUCGAGAUCACUGCGACAGACAUCACCAAGGUCAACAUGGUGCUGAACAUUAUACUAACCAUGUUCAGCGGGUACUGCUCCGAACCCUUUACCGUUGAGCCCGUCGAGGUUGUCUAUCCCGAUGGUGAGACCCUGGUGUACCCGAACUUUGAACGCCGCACCAUGACGACCAGCACAAAGUACCUCAACGGCAUUGUCGGCGUGCAAAAAUCCAAUGAUGAGAUUAUUGCUUUGCUUAACAAGAUGUCCCUGGAUGCCUCCCUCGAUAAGAAGACCAAUGCUGUCUCGGGCCUGCUCAAGAAGAUGUCGCUCAGCGACAAGUCUGAGGACAGUCAGAUCAUCGUCAAGGUGCCGGUGACGCGCCCGGACAUUCUGCAGGAGUGCGAUAUUGCCGGCUGCCUGGGAAUUGCCUUUGGCUACAACAACAUCCCACGCGCGCAGAACAACUCAGCCACCGUUGGAAAGGCUCUCCCCCUGAACAAACUGACCGAUCUGGUGCGCAAGGAGAUGGCUAUGGCUGGGUGGACCGAGGCGCUGACGCUCAGCCUGUGCUCGCACGACGAGAGCUUCAAAUUCCUUCGCCGCACCGACCCUGGCACUGAGGCUGUCGUGCUCGCAAACCCUAUGACGAUCGAAUUCCAAGUGUGCCGCUCUACCAUGCUCCCUGGUCUGCUCAAGACCAUCAGGGAGAACAAGAAGCACGCUAUUCCGUUUAAGAUCUUUGAGGUGUCAGAUGUUGUAUUCAAGAACCCUGAGCUCAAGGGGACCGGUGCCCAGAACGAGAGGCGCGCGUGCGCGCUGUUCUCCAGCCGCAUGGCCCAGUUUGAGGUCAUCCAGGGUCUGCUAGAUACCAUCAUGCAGUCGCUCAACGUGCGGCACACGCGCAAGGGUGCCGCCGGGUACUAUUUGGCCGAGGCCGAGCUGCCGACGUACCUGUCCGGCCGCAGUGCCAGUGUCGUGUACACAGACGAGGAACUCAACGAAUUUGUGCUGGGCUCCAUUGGUGUGAUGCACCCAGAGGUUUUGGUGAACUUUGAGCUGGACUACCCAGUGUCUGCCUUUGAAAUCAACAUCGAGCCGUUCCUGUAAACGUCAACCAAGGUUGAAUCAAAGUUGGAUACAUAAUAUUUUAAUUAUCAUAUAAGUAUAAAUACGAGAAAAUAGUGAUU